AUGCGUAAAAAACAGGUAAAGCCAAUCAAGAUUGACAGAAGAUACUGUAGAUAUUCAUCUGAGUCCCUUCUGAAAGCAUAUGAGGCAGUGAAAGACAAAAAGUUACCUGUGAAAAGGGCUUCAAGACUGUUUGGUGUCCCAUUAACCACCUUAAGAGAUCGUGUUGAUGGUCGUGUUGAUGCUAAUAAUUUUGUCCAUGGGGGUAUUACGACACUUAGUAAGGAGGAGGAGGAGGUUCUUGUGGAGCAUUUAGAGGCAAUGAGUCUUCUUGGCUAUGGUUAUACCAACACUAAGCUGCAACAGAUAGCAGGUGAACUGGCUUUUGAUAUGGGAAAGAAAGAGAAAAACAAACCCAUGAGCAACAACUGGUUGUAUGGUUUUUUAAAUAGGUGGAAAACGCGUUUACGUGCAAGAUAUUGUACCCCUGAAUCUGUUGCCCACUACUACAAAAACCUGAAAGAUAUUCUGGUCAAGUAUGAUCUACUUGAUAAGCCACAGCACAUAUACAACCUUGAUGAAACAGGACUUAAACCAGAUCAUAGGCCACCAAACAUCAUAUCAUCUUUAGAUUGUAAACCACAGGCAGUAACUUCACCACGCUCUACCACAACAACACUCAUUGGUUGUGUCAAUGCCAUUGGUAAUACUGUUCCACCUUUCUUUGUGUUCAAAGGAAAAAGAUUUAAUAGUGACUUGAUGAAUGGAGCAACCUUUGGUGCAAGAGGGGAGAUGUCUGAUUCAGGAUGGUCGAAUGGUGAGCUGUUCUCAACAUACCUUAAGGAGCACUUUCUGCCAUAUGCAAGGUCAGGCACCGAUGAUUCACAAGUGAUUCUUCUGUUGUUUGAUGGUCAUUCUUCACACGUUUCACCAAGUUUAAUUAAGUGGGCAAGAUCUCGAAAUUUGAUUCUUUUCUGUUUACCAGCUCACUCAUCACAUUUUCUUCAACCACUGGAUGUUUCACUUUUUGGCCCAUUCAAGACAUUCUACUAUUCAGAAUGUUCCUCCUUCAUGCAGAAGAAUAUUGGACAGGUUAUCACCAGAUAUGACAUGUGUCAAAUAGCAUGUAAGGCGUACUUGAAGGCGAUGACACCUAUUAACAUUCAAGCAGGAUUCCGGAAGACAGGUAUUUAUCCUUUGUCUAAGGAUGUAGUUCCAAUGGAAAAGCUUUUUCCAGCUGAAGGCUUCAGGGAAGAAGAACCAGUUAAAAAAGUGAAAGCGCUAAGGCAAGGAAAAGAGGCUGUUGAAGACUUCUUACAAAAGAAAACAGAGUCUACAAGUACAAAGACAAUUGAAAAUGUCAACAACCUAUGUCAAAAGUGCAAUGGUAGUGUUGAGGUGAAGAAGAAAAUGAAGAAACCUAAACCUAGUGGGAGAGCAAUUACAGAGGACAGCUAUUUGAAAGAACUAGAAGAAUACCAAGAGGGAUUGAAAGGGACACAACCAUCAUCUCAUACUGAUUUAGAAGAUAAGGAAAAUGAAACUCCAAAAAAGAAACAUAAAUCAAAGAAAAAUGCCAAUCCUAAGAAAUCACUCAAAUUUGGAAGCCCGAAGCCAUUAACUAGUGGAACAUGUAAAACAAAUCAAGCAAUACCUGUACAUUUGGAUGAUGAAAAUAGCUAUUCUGACUUUGAUGAACAAAUUGCAGAUGAAGACCUAUGUUGUGUCUGUAAAAAGUGGUCCCCACCUAAUCACAAUGAUCAUCCUGAUCUCAAAAUUAUUACAUGGGCUUACUGUGACAACUGUUCUCACUGUGUUCACCUCAAAUUUUGUACUCCAGUACGGGUUGUUCGGCGUCUCAGCACUUUCCUUUGCCCUUGCUGUGAUGCUUAGAAAACAUAUUAUUAAAAAAAUAUAAUUCAUUGGUUUAUAGUUACUGUUACACAAGUUUAAGUGUUGACUUAUGUGUUUAUUUGUUAAAAAAUACUUGUUUUAUAUUCUUGUUUUGAGAACAGUUGACAUGUUAAUUUAGUAAUUUUAAUGAACAGCUCCCCUGCCAUGUGCACAUUUUUUCUUGAAAUGACAUAAAAGGUCUGAAAUUUUAAGCACACCUGUAGUUCACCAAAAGUUGUCCACCUUUAUAGCUCUUUUUACACUGAGACCAAUAGAGUAUCGGAUCGAUGAGAAGCGUCUGCUAUGACAAAGAUUCAAGGGCAG